AUGGGGCCCCCGGGCAAUAGGGGAUCAUGGGGCCCCUGUGUCCUUGCCCAAACUCAAGAAAGCCUAUGAAAAAGUGUGAAAGUAUCCUAAAGUAGCCGAUCAGACAGAUCUAAGUCUGAUCAGUUGCUUUGGAGGCCAGAGGGGAGGUCUGAUGUGUAAUCAGGGGCGGACUGACAACUCAUGGGGCCCCCGGGCAAUAGGGGAUCAUGGGGCCCCUGUGUCCUUGCCCAAACUCAAAAAAGCCUAUGAAAAAGGCACCAGGGGCAUCUCAUGGGGCCCCCUACUGACCCCGGGCCCUUAGGCAGUGCCCGAGUUUCCAAAUGGUCAGUCCGCUCCUG